AUGCCCUCUACUUUGGAAGAAUUCUUGCUCGGGGGUAUUGCCAUGCGCCUGCUGGUUCAUGGAGAACAGCAUUUUAAGCCUGACCCAGAUAUUCCGAUGUUCCUCGCAGGUUUGGGACCGAUCGCAGCACAGCUCACAGUCUAUGACGUCCGCCAUAUUACAAGCCAUCUCAAGAUCCACCGAUACGUCAUUACCGCGAUGAAGUCGACCGUAAAUGAUGAGUAUCAUUGCCUUCAGUGCCGUCUUUGA